AUGGCGCUGGUCACUGCAGAAGAAGCGCAGCAAUGCGCCACGAUUCCCCGUGCGUCUAUGGAUGAGGCUCUGAUGCCAGGAUUGGUUUCGAAGGCGCUAGACCGGCAAUACAGGAAGGGCUUUUGUGAUUUCGUGGAUGCUAUAUUUCCGAACAUUUAUUACAGCUACAGCACUCACGUGGAACUACCUUGGUUCGAGAUCGCUCAGUACGACCGUGGCGCACGAAUUGCAAUGGAAUGGAGGUUUCGCAGCCUUGGGAGCUUGCAGCUAGGCAUAGUAAACGGCGAUCAACGACAGAUUCUUGCCAGUCGAGAAAUAUAUGGCCGUGGACUGCGCUAUCUUGUUCAAGCCAUCAAGAAUCCUGCUACAGUUGGCACGGAUGACACCCCGGCUUUCUUGCCAAGACCAAAGCUCUAG